AUGGCGACCGUGCUGUCCAGGGCGCUCAAGCUCCCCGGGAAGAAAAGCCCGGACCUGGGGGAGUAUGACCCCCUCACACAGGCCGACAGCGACGAGAGUGAAGAUGAUCUGGUGCUUAACCUGCAGCAGAAGAACGGGGGAGUCAAGAAUGGGAAGAGCCCGCUGGGGGAGGCCCCGGAGCCCGACUCGGAUGCUGAGGUCGCAGGGGCCGGGAAGCCACGCCUCUCCGAGGUCGCCCCCGAGGGGUACCCCUUGGAGCCCCUGGGGGCCCUGGAGCAGAAGGCGGCCUCCUCGGUCGUGUCCUACGUGCGCACAUCCGUCUUCUUGUUGAUGCUGGUGGUCUCUAUGGUCCUGGUGCUCGUGUGUGCUUUCCUGAUCCCCUGUCCCCCCCGAGACCUGCACAGCACGUGGAGCCGCCGUCUGGGUCCCCAGGGAGGCGGGGACCUGUCGCCGUUGGACCUGGCGGAUGUAAAUGGAGACGGCCUGCGAGACGUGCUCCUCUCUUUCGUGCCAUCAGGGAACGGGAGUGCGGCUGGUGUCUCAGGACCACCUGCUGUCCUCGUGUGCCUUUCGGGGAUGAACGGCAGCACGCUGUGGUCUAGUCCCCUCCCUGAGGAGGCCCGAGAUAUUACCUGUUUGGAUCUGACACCAGGGAACCUGGCCAAAACUGUCUGCCUGGUGACGGGGACGCACAAGAUGCUCAGUGCAUUCAAUGGGACAUCAGGGAAAGCCAUGUGGACUUUAAACCCAAACUACUUAUCCAACGGGACCCUGGCCGCCCCGGCCGUGGUGCUACCGGACGUGGACGAAGAUGGUGUUAGAGACCUCGCGGUUCUGGCCAUUGGGGAGUUGCAGCCAGAUCUGUGUUUUCUGCUGGUGUCUGGCCGGACAGGGAGCCCCGUGGGCCGACCUGUGAAGUACAACAUCAUGGGAGUGGGCAACCUGAUUGGCCCUCAGGUUUACAUCACCAUCAGCGGGGCCGCCUACAUCCUGUUCGGCUUUGGUAAUAUCCAGGCUGUCGCCCUGCGGGAUAUUUUCGUUCAAGCCCAAAAUCGAGACAGCUUACCACCUUCCCUGCAGAUAGAGGAACCUGAGUGGGAGAAGCGGAGAUCCGUCAACCUGUCUGAGCUCAUUGAUGUUUACAGCAAUGGGGUGGAGCUCCUUCAGAUGGUGAAGGCGCCGGAUUCCAACAGCAGCAACCUCCUGAUCACAACCAGACAAGGCCUUGUCCUGCUUCGGGGGCAGAACCUCACCCCUUCCUGGGCUUUGGGCGUCCAAGGCCUGCGCAGCCAGCCUACUCCAGGGUAUUUCACGGAUGAUGAGACGAUAGACUUCCUUCUGCAGAUACCGAACGGAGUUGGGAUGAAAAAGGUGAUGGUGGUGGAUGGAGACUCUGGCCUGGUCACGUGGAGUUACAGCAUCCCGUGUCACAUGAAAGAAACUCCGGCCACGUCAGCAGCCACUGUGGAGCAGAAAUCUGUCUUCCUCUUCUGGGCUGAAGGGCUGUCAGCUGCAUCACCCAGUCCCGGUGUCCUGGGAAGCGAGCCACCCAGCCUUCACCACCUAUACCUCCUGCAUCCCACCUUCCCCUCCAUCCUCCUGGAUCUGGCCAAUGCCACUGGCACUGUGACAGCUUCAGAGGUUGGGAUCAACGACCUGUGGAAAGAUGCCUUUUACGUUACCAGGACAACAGGGCUCAGCUCCGAAGGGCACCCGGCCCCCCUGGUGGUCAGCAAGCUCAGUCUGCGGUGGGCGCUGAUGGAAGGCCAAAUGGUCCAGCUGGAGGAGACUACCCCCAAAAUCGGCCGUGGGGAGCUGCGCAGAUUCCUCUCGAGGAUAAAGUUCGUCGACUCUCCCUACCAGCCAGUACAGUGGGGGGUACGUGGUGGAUGA